AUGACGUAAUCGCGGCGCCACGUCGGCUCUGCGGCCAAGAUGGCGGCGGCAGAAGGCGGCGGGGCGGCGGCGGCAGCCGAGCCUCUGUUUGCAGGCCUGGCAGACGUGUCCAUAUCUGAGGACAUCCCGGUGGAAGGGGAGAUCACGGUUCCCGUGGGGUCCCAUUCCCCAGAGGAAGAUUUCUCCACGCUGGAUGAACCCGUCAGGGACACCAUUCUGAGAGAUCUGAAGGCUGUUGGGAAGAAAUUUGUUCACGUCAUGUAUCCAAGGAAGAGCAGCGCGCUCCUCAGGGACUGGGAUCUUUGGGGGCCUUUGGUGCUUUGUGUCUCACUUGCUCUGAUGCUGCAGGGGGGAUCAGCAGACAGCAAGGAGGACGGAGGGCCCCAGUUUGCUGAGGUCUUUGUGAUCAUCUGGUUUGGUGCCGUUGUCAUCACACUAAACUCAAAGCUCCUGGGAGGAACUAUAUCUUUUUUUCAGAGCCUGUGUGUUCUGGGUUACUGCGUCCUGCCGCUGACGGUGGCGAUGCUGGUGUGCAGGCUGGUGCUGCUGGCAGGCUCUGGCACUGUCAGCUUCAUCAUACGCCUGAUUGUAGUGAUUGCUAUGUUUGCCUGGUCCACGUUAGCAUCCACAGCCUUCCUGGCUGACAGCCAACCUCCGCACCGCAAGGCGCUGGCCGUGUACCCCAUCUUCCUCUUCUACUUCGUCAUCAGCUGGAUGAUUCUCACCUUCACACCCCAGUGACGUCCGGUCAGAGGAGACUGUGUGACACAGCCUGAAGUCUUGCACGGACGCUGCAGUUGAUGUCGGCUUUGUCUCUUGUUAAUUUAUCUAUGGAGGUGGUCUAACGAGGCUGCUUGUGGGAUAAAGCCAAGAACUGCAAGACUGGUCGCGUGUUCUUGAGAGAGAUGGAAGUCCGGCUACUGAGUUUUUUUUGUUUAAUUAGCCCUGCUCUUUAGUUGUGUUGAAUAAGAAAUGCACACUGUGACAGGGGAUAUUCUGCCUGAGGAACAGAGGGAGAGGUCUUGGGACUUCAGGAGCCUGAUGGUGAAGUUACAGGAUCGCACUGCCUGGCAGGGUUCUUGCUCACGCUUGGAUUCUUGCUCAGGGCAACAUGCCUUACAUUACUGUUAUGUGUUGGGUGGGUAAGGAGGAAUUUGUUUGACUACUGUCCUUUUUCGUUCACUUACAGAGCGGAGAAAUGUAUAUAAAAUGCAUCACAAGACUGCAAGCUUUCACUUUGAAAUCAGAUCUCAGCAAAAAAUAAGUCGGGUCCAGUUUGCUGUUAACUAGAGCUGGGCAGAAGGGGACUGACCGCCUUUGCUCCUGUUAACGUUCUCUAUUAUCUACCCUCUUCAGCACCAAGAAGUGUGUUUUAGCCAAAUGUUUCCAACUCUGUGGCAAUGCUGACUAAUCCACACAGUGAGGGGGGGCUUAAGUAGAUAAUUAUCAAUCUUCUUGUGUUCCUCGAGAUUAAGAAGUCCUGGGAAAACAGUGAAGGCUGCUUUGCAGCAGGGCCCUGUCUGGUACUCUGUGUAUCCAUUAGAGGUGGAAGCAGAAGCGUCUGGGAGUACAGAAUGUAUCUCUGAAAGAUGAUUGAGAUGUUGAGAGUUGAAGUGUUUUGAUGGUAAGACAGCAAACCAGGUGUGGGUCUGAAAGUUUUAGAGUGGGUUGGCUGGAGGAAGGAAAAUAAAUCUAGAGAAGGUGGUGGCUGUUACGAAGUAGGACACAAAUUCUGAUCCAGGUUGCUUGUACGUGACAUUCAUUUGUUUACAUGGUUGGUGUUUCCACAUAAAUGCAAGCAGAUCUGCGUAUUGUUCCUUUGUACCUAGAAUGAAAUGUGAGAAACUUUUCUAUAUUUUUCUUUCUCAACACUUUUUAUAAAAGGAGGGGGGGAGUUUUCUUCUCCAGUAGGACGUCUGCUGCCUGGAGAGCCCUGUGCAAACGUCUGUCAUUUAUAGUUCAGCUUAGGGCUUGGCUGAGGGCGGGCACGUUGUUGCUGAAGAUUGUACAGAAGUUCUUGGUGUUGCCUGCUGUUCUCCGUAAGCAGGCCGAGGGGGAGCUCUGGGGAUGGAAGAGCUGCUGUGAAAAUGUCUUUUUUUUUUUUUUUUGUCUGAAAAUGGGCUUUGGAUUUUCUUUCUUCUGUACCAAUGCAGGUGGACCCAGAGCUGAUGUAAGCGGGUCCUGUUAAAGUGUAAAUACACCUAAUUUGUAUUUAUGGAGAAGACUGCCCUUUUCUGCUACAAGCACUGCAAAUACUUGGUAAUUGGGGUGGAAUUGUUGAACGUGCUGAGCAGUGUGAUGUUGCACUUUGAGAGGGUAGAGAAGAGGAAAGGAAGAAAUCAGGUACGGGUGGGAGCUCUGGGCUGUUGCAGAGCAGGCGGCAGUGGGCGCCUGGGGCUGAGAGCAGCUGUGCUGCAGGAGGAGCUGUGGUGUUUCGUAUACUUGGGUGUCAAAUGAGGAUGGGCAUUCUUUUAAACGUCCAUUAAAUUAUUGCUGUUAAGGGAUGUGAUUUUUUUUCUUUAAAGGGUGCUGCUUUCCUUUCAUUGAAACGUUGGUUGAGCUUUCCGAAGUUGAAAAGGAGUAUUCAAGAGAAGGAGAAAGGCACUAAAGCUACUCAAAUUGCAUUCUUUGAGGAAAAACUCCCAUUUCAGCACAAGAAUUUAACUGUGCUUUUGAGAAAUCCUUGGAAUUCUGUCUCUGUGGUAUUUAGUGUCCAGCCUUGUGAAUUGAUGUGGUGUUAUGUCAGAAAGAAAAGCAGGGUUCUUUUUGAAAAGAAGGGAAAUUAUUUAGAGAGGAAUUAAACAAAAUCCCAGCUUCUUCUUUAUUUGUUUUUGACUUAGGUAGAAGUCUGGCGGUGGCUUGUUCUGUAGCAUGGGGCUCUUGGCUUAGCCAAGGCAGUUAUUUUCAUGUUAACUAGAUUUACUUUUCAGCUGAUCACUGCAGACUUCAGAAGCGUUGUAAACCUGAAAGAACGAGCAGAGAGACUGGUGAUGGGGUGGAGGUUUGCUCUGUAACUUUUAGUCCUUCAGUGUGGAAACCAUCACCUGGGGCCGUGAAAGCAGGGUGAGCAGUGCUGAAGAGUUGCUGUAGAGCUGCAGCUGGCAGGCAGGCAGGGAGCUAGAGCUUCCUGAGCUUCAUGUCUCCAGUUGAAUAAAUGAUAGCUCAAGUUUGG